CAUACCGGUGAGUUCAAAACUUGCUCUACUCGUGCAAAACAACGUUUACCAUCCAUGGUUAAACUUUAGCGAUAGUCAUAACUAUUAUAAUCACUUGUUGGCAUGAACAAUAGUGACAUAGAACUACAGAAUGUUGGGACUGUUGGAGCAUUAAGAGUAGACAGUUCUCAAGUAGAAGCAGCAUCUGAUAUGGACAACUCAAGUCAGAACAGUGAUGCACAUGCAACUACUGCAGAUCACGAUGGGCCUCAAAAUUCAAAGGCACCAGCCUCCUCCCAGUCCUCGAUGUACAUGAAGGGGAGGGACCAUAUGGGGAAGGUGAAACCUAUAGACUACAUUUUGGUGUUCAAAGACCUGGAGGACAGUGACCAGAAGAGUCUUCUGCUGCAAUACAGAGAUCUGUUCAUGGCCAACUUGCAAGGAAAAGGGCUGGAAGUUGAGUUGGAGGGGGGAGACACAGACACCAAAUUCUACAAAGUGCACGCACCUUAUGAGCUGCUGUUCAAGUAUGCGGAACAGAACAAGAUGAAGAUGCCACUGAAGUGGAAUGACCUUGAACAGUCGCCUGGUUUAGCCACGCGACUGAUGAACAAAGUGACUUUGUUCAACCCGCCCACUUUCCCAGAAGACGAUGACGAAAUUGAGGAGCUAGCCGUAAAGAACCCCUACAACUACUUUACGGCCGAGUUCGAGAACAAAUACAGGGACAAGUUCGCAAUCAGUGAACUGGGAGAGGAGAACUUCUUCACUAUUGCCGACAGAAUCAGAAUCACCAGGUACCUUUUGGACAACACAGUUUUUCGGGUAGCCUCUAUCAUCGGGGGACCCAACGACCCAGAAUCUGUCAACGGAUCCACCGAGGAAAAACGACUGGAGGAGCUAAUGGGACUCAACCGGAUGAUUGCGUCUGGCGCCAUGACUGCUGCAUUCCCACUGCACGCCGGCGAAUACAAACUGGACGACGAAAUUCACACGAAUCACUGGAUCAAAAGUUUGGACGAACUGAAUGCACGACAGAAGCUUUACUACGCGUGGGCUUCUCCCAAAGCAUGGUACAAAAAGCAACCCAUGGAUCCUAUAAGAAGAUACUUUGGAGAGAAAAUUGGCAUGUACUUUUCUUGGCUGGGGUACUACACUACAAUGCUUCUAAUUGCGUCUGGGUUUGGCCUAGUGGCUUUCUUCUAUGGUCUAGUAACAAUGAAAUCCAACCAAACUGCCGAUGAUUUAUGUCCAGGGGGUCCCAACGCUAACUACAUUAUGUGUCCGAAAUGCGACAAGCCAUGCAUGUUUUGGUUGCUUCAGGACUCGUGUACUAACGUUCGUCUAACUCAUCUGUUCGACAAUGAUCUGACCGUCGUGUAUUCUAUCCUGAUGGCUCUUUGGUCCACUAUGUUUCUUGAGUUCUGGAAGCGAAAGCAGAAUGAGCUUCAGUUCGAAUGGGAUCUCUUUGACUUCGAAGAGACCGAGGAAACCUUGCGACCUGAGUUUGAAGAAGCGGCUCAAAAGAACGAAGCAAACUGGAUGAAGAAAAAUCCAGUGACCCAGAGUCUGGAACCCUUCAUGCCUUUCUCCUACAAGAUCCCACGUCUCGCGAUGUCUCUUUCGACUGUCCUUUUCAUGAUUUUUAUCGUAGUCGCAGCUAUCGUGGGAGUGAUUGUAUACCGAGUAAUCAUUUUGGGAAUUCUCAAUAACGCCGGGCUGCAAGACGAAGCCAGUGUGGUUACUUCUGGAACCGCUGCUUGUUUGAAUUUAGUGGCUAUCAUGGCGUUCAGUUUUGUUUACCAGAUUCUUGCCACGAAACUGACUGAUCUGGAGUGUCCUAGAACUGAAACCGAAUACGAAGACUCCUACACUCUGAAAAUGUUUCUUUUCCAGUUUGUCAAUUACUAUUCAUCGAUUAUCUACAUCGCGUUUUUCAAGGGUAACUUCGUGGGAUACCCUGGACACUACAAUACCAUUUUGGGAAGCAGACAGGAAGAGUGCCAACCAGGUGGAUGUCUGUUCGAGCUGACAUUCCAGCUUGUUAUUAUCAUGGUCGGCAAACAGUUCAUCAACAACGUCCAGGAGAUUGGAGUCCCACUGGCUAUGGAACUGUAUCGGACAAAAAAGACUGAAGCAGAUGAAAAUAAACGAAUCAAGCAGCAGAUGGCCGCCGGGGAAUCCGAAGCUGUUGUUAAAAAUGAAAUAGACGAGCCUUGGGAGAAAGACUUUCUGUUGUCUCCGCAGCCCAAAAUGAACCUGUUCGGCGAGUACCUUGAGAUGGUGAUACAGUUCGGCUUCACUACACUCUUCGCAACCGCUUUUCCGUUGGCGCCAAUUUUCGCAUUUGUCAACAAUGUGAUCGAAAUCAGACUUGAUGCUUUCAAGUUUGUAACUGCCUUGCAGCGACCUUGGGCGCAGAAGGCACAGGACAUCGGAUCCUGGUACUCUAUCCUGGAAGCGGUUGGGAUACUCUCUGUUUUGUUCAAUGCGUUCACCAUCGCCAUCACUUCAACUUAUAUUGACAAGUAUCUGUACAGCGUGAGUGAUGCGCAUAAGAAUGAUGCAACAUUUUGGGAUUUCAUCUAUACAACUGCAAAUGCAACUUCCAGUUUUGCAGGCUAUGAUUGUGAGGAUAAUCUGUUGGAAGCCUACAACAUGACUGCAUGCAACCCUGAAACUUGCUACUACAAAGCGUAUAGAAUGGGCGCCGGGUCUGGUGAUGCUGGAAGUCUCUCGGAGCAGUACUGGAAAGCACUGGCAGCCCAGUUUAUUUUCGUCUGUGUGUUUGAGCACUUGGUGUUCUUCAUCAAAACAAUUGUGGCAUACAUGGUUCCAGACAUGCCUGGAGAUGUGAAGGUCCAGCAGUUGAGAGAGCAGCACAUUAUCAAGACGUUCUUAUACGCUGCCGACAAUUGAAACGUUUUUAAAAUUAACGAUCAAAGCUGCAUCAAGAAAUAAUUACAGCUUAGACAAGCACCCCAUUAUUUAACUGUUUUUACUUACACCAUUGACAAUUAUCAAAUAUUUUGGAUAGAAAUUUUAUUCUGUACACAAAUUUAUCUUUCAACGCAUGAUUGAAUAUGAAAAGAUUAUGUUAAAUUGAUUUAAUUGCAGGUCGCUCUUAAAAUCUAAAGCCAUUUAAAUCGAAUUAGUUUAUUGCUCAA